AUGUGGCGUCUUGUGGCGGCAGUGACUAGGAAUCUUCAGAACACAAAGAAGAGUUCCAGGGUUGCAGAUGAGAGCAUGUUUGAAGCAGGCCAUGACAGAGGAAUUAGAAGAUCACAACAUGGUUGGAGUGGAUUCUCACUCAUAUAUACCAUUCUCCAUGCUCCCAUAUCAAUUCUCUCAUGUGUGUCUCAUCCUCAGGCUAAUGGUGUAGAUGGGGCCUGGGUUUCUGGUGAAUUUUCUCAGAUUUCUGAAAUGAAUCAUAUUAUGGUGAAUGACAGCAUGAGAUAUGCAAUUUUGAUGUAG